GUUUCCUUGUCAUCCUCGUUGUCAAUCACACACACGAAAAGUGAGAAAAUUUUCCGACUUUACCGGUUACAAUGCAUUUCCGCGAUCACAAGAACUGAUAUCGCACGUUUCCGGUAACGCGUUUUCCUCGUUCACGUCGUCAUCCACGCAAUUAUCGCCUGCAACGCGUGUGACACUCGCCAGGAUAACGAAAAACAAAAAAUCGAAAAUUAUCGAUUAACUUUCGUCCAUUAACUUUUCACCGUUUUUUCUUCGUUGGCGCAAGGAGCAGAGGCAAUGUCUGCUCAAAAAAUCGACGAUACGAUAGAGGAAGAUUCGUUGGAGUUUUAUAUCAAGUUUCCGUCGAGUGACAAGACAAUGCAGGAGAAUGCCUAUUCGUAUGCAACGACGGCGGAAGUUACUUCGGUCGCUGCGAGAAAUCAGCUGGCACGCGCCAGCGAUGUCGAUGACGUGGAUUUAGUGUUUGACGAACGUGGAAAUACGCCAAUUGUGCUUUUGCUUGGAUGGGCAGGAUGUCAGGACAAAUAUUUGCAGAAAUAUUCCAAGAUUUACGAGGAUCGAGGAUUAAUAACAAUUCGUUACACCGCUCCCAUUUCAAAGUUAUUUUGGCGCCGUUCCGAGAUGUCCGUUAUCGGCGAAAAAAUUCUAAAGUUGAUUUAUGACAUGAAUUUCGACAGUCAUCCGAUAAUAUUUCAUGUUUUUUCCAAUGGCGGUGCCUAUUUGUAUCAACAUAUUUCGUAUUCUAUCCGGAAUUCGCAUCAACCCGUGCAAAUACGCGGCAUGAUAUUUGACUCGGCGCCCGGAGAUCGGAGAUUUAUGGGACUUUAUCGUGCAUUGAGAGUCAUUUUGGGCAAAGAUAAGCCUUGUGGGCAUGUAAGAUCGGCAAUUGUGAGUGUCGUGUUGAUUUGUUUGUGGAUUGUCGAAGACUCGUAUCGAUGUUUUAAGCGUCUUUUUUAUCCGGGAGUCGAAAUACAGGGAUCUAAUCCGUUGUAUACGUUAAUGAACGAAGAUACUUACUAUCCGCAAUUAUUUUUGUAUUCGAAGGAGGAUGAUAUCAUUCCAUAUUAUGACGUCGAAAAAUUUGCCAAGCACCGCGAGGAACGCGGCGUACCCGUACGAAAAGUUUGUUUCCCCAAUUCUCCCCACGUGAAACAUUUCACCGUGCAUCCGCAGUAUUACAUUGCCACAAUUUGCAAAUUUAUCAAUGAAUGUUUAUCCUCUGCCUACGACGGAUGCACCAAAAUUUUAAGCAAAGUAGAUUAAGCUAAAAAACACAAACAACAAAAAAAAAAUGUUAAUGGCCUUUUCACACAUUUCCCAAAAAUUUUCCUUACACUUCAAUUAAUUAAUUAAAAAUGAUAUUUAACCCAAACAAUUUAUCGCACAGGAGAAGAUCCAGCAAUAAUAAAAUGUAAUUGAACUUGCACAUUGUAUAUGUUAACUAAUUAGAGUGAAGUUUUUCAUCAAAAAAGAAAAAUAUGAGAAUUUUAACAAAAAAAUCACACACAAGCUUAUUAAAUAUGUAUUAGCGUCAAGUUCACAAAAA